UAUCGUACUUCUUCCUCUUUCCUAUGCAUAAAGAGGUACGUUUUAGUCUUCGAAUGUGCUUGCCAGCUAUAAGAAUUUAUUGACAAACCUCCAUUCUGAUAAAAUCGGAUAGUUCACAACUAACCGAGAAGAUACAAUAACGUGGUGAAGAUAAUAUAAAAAUGUUACAAGAAUGAGUGAUGGUCAUUCCGACGACAUAAUGAUGUCCUCAGACGGGGAAAAUUACCCCGGCCAUCGUCGACGUUAUCGUAAGCUGAUUGGAAAAGAUUACCAUGGAGCAGGGGCAUCUCGUCGUAAUAUGGUAAUUCUGAUAGUCUUCAUCACCUUCAUCGGAGAGGUUCGUUGCGAUUGCCCCGACCUCGGUCUCGACGACGUUCUCGUUCCUUCCGGUCAAAACUGUGAACUGUCCGCGGAUUUGCACGCAUCGGCUUUGACUGUCGAUGGCGUACUCAUCGUCCAUUUCAAUGCCAAGAUUUUUGUCGAUGAGCUGACCGUAAGUAACAGUGGACAUAUAUCAGCCAACGGUCAAGGCUUCGGGCCGGGAUCUGGACCGGGUCAAGGGACCUCUACGGGAUCCGGUGGAAGCCAUGGAGGUAGAGGAGGGAGGUCGAGUUCCUCCUUCCUUCAGCAGAUUGAUGCUAGUUGCUAUGACGAUGCCACAUCACCAAGUCAGAUGGGAAGUCCUGGAGGUGGCUCAGAGGGUGGGGCUGGAGGAGGGGUCAUCAAUAUUGUAGUAGAAGGAAAUGCAGAGAUAAAUGGACUAGUGUCUGCAAAUGGUGGCCCAGCUUCAGGAAACAGUGGUGGUGGUGGCAGUGGUGGCAGUAUUUAUAUCAAUACAACCUAUCUGGUAGGAAGUGGGCGCAUAGAGGCAAAUGGUGGGCGUGCUGUGGGGUUGACAGGAGGUGGUGGAGGAGGGGGGCGUGUUGCCAUCAGAGGAGAUACCAGUGGAUACCAUGGGGAGAUAUUUGCUCUUGGAGGCCAACCAGAGCAAAAAACCAAUGGCAUCAUGGAAUCAAAACGAAUCACAUCACUUGAUCCUAAUCGGCGCACUGUCAAUAUCGCAAAGCAGUUCUACUUGACAGCAAUUAGAACGAGUGGGACUGAGGCAGAGUAUGUUGGACAGUAUUCCAUUGCAAUUAGUCUUGAUGGGGAAUCGCCAUCUCCUUACAAGCGGCUAAGGUCUGACAGUAGUGCACAUGUUUUUGAAAGCAACUCUCCAAGCGUCAAUGAUACAAUAAACUACCUUAACAUCCCUGUUCUGGCCAAAGCAGUGACCUUUGACCUAUUUGCCAGGACUAACCCAUUCAUCAUAGAUGUACAACUAAUUGGGUACUACCCAUACCCUGAAACAGAAACUGACAUUGAUUGUGGUCAACAUUCUCAAGGGGCUGAGGCUGGAGGACCAGGAACUAUCUAUAAGGAUGAACAGAUCGUAAUCAAUAAUUUGAGGCAGUCACCCGUGGUAUGUUUCACUUUUGAUACUUCUGUAUGCUUUGCAAAGUGAUCAAUUUGGUUAAAAUCUAAUUUAAAGCAAAAGUCAUUUGUGUUGAAAACUCAAAAUAAUUCAAGGAAAAAUUUAAGUCCUUUGGUAUGGUUUUCCAUGAAUAUCAGAUGGUCAGUUUUCAGACAAUAACAAUUGAGAAAUUUAAGAGGAUACAUAACAGUUUUUAAAGAGGACACAAAACAUUAGAUAAUCAUUUUGAGUGAUUUUAUUGUGAGAAUUAUUUGUAUAUGUAUGCUGCAUUGUCUGUCUCUUUUCUCUCUCUAU